CUCAUUAAGACUUGGUCUGAGAUGGCGUCGACAUCAGCUGCACCCGAGGCGGCGCCUGCCAAUGGCGGCGAAGAGAUGACCUCGAGGGACUACUACGCCGAUUCCUACGCGCAUUUUGGCAUCCACGAGGAAAUGCUCAAAGAUGAGGUCAGGACUCUUUCGUACCGCAACGCGAUCCAGAACAAUCCGGCUCUCUUCAAGGAUAAGACGGUGCUCGACGUGGGAUGCGGCACUGGUAUCCUUUGCAUGUUUGCGGCCAAAGCAGGCGCAAAGAAGGUCAUCGGUGUCGACAUGAGCAACAUCAUCACCCAGGCAAAGAUCAUCGUCGAGGCAAACGGCUUCUCUGAUGUCAUUCACCUUGUCAAGGGCAAGCUCGAAGAGGUUGACCUUGGCCUGGCGCCUGGCGAAAAGGUUGACAUCAUCAUCAGCGAAUGGAUGGGCUACUUUUUGCUGUACGAGAGCAUGCUCGACACUGUCCUCCUUGCGAGGGACAAGUACCUGGCGCCCGGAGGAAUCAUGAUGCCCGACUCCGCCUCGUUGUACAUGAGUGCCAUUGAGGACCAAGAGUACAAGGAGGAGAAGAUUGGAUUCUGGGACGACGUCUACGGCUUUGACUACAGCUGCAUCAAGGACAUCGCCCUGCGCGAGCCCCUCGUCGACACCGUCGAACUGAAGAGCGUCGUUUGCGACCCCGCCCUCGUCAAGCACCUGGACUUGCUGACGAUCAAGAAGGAGGACCUCACCUUUGUCUCUGACUUUGCGCUCAAAGCCACACGCAACGAUUACGUCCACGCCUUCCUGGGCUGGUUCGAUAUCUCUUUUGAGGCGUGCCACAAGCCCGUCAAGUUCUCGACGGGACCGCACUCGCGCUACACUCACUGGAAGCAGACCGUCUUCUACGUGCCGGAGAUGCUGACGCUGUCGGUCGGCGACGAGAUCAAGGGACGGCUGAGCUGCGCGCCCAACGCGAGAAACAACCGGGAUCUGGACAUCACCAUUGAAUACGAGAGCACAGGCAAGGCAGCAAUGCGGUCCAAGAUGGACUACAAGAUGUCUUAGGUACUAGAUGGCCAACACCGCCCACCAACACGCGACACCACUUACGAAGCGAGACACCCUUCUUAACUGCAUGUAUUCUGCUCUUCGCCCCUUCGACUCAGACUAUUCUCAAAAUCCCUCCGUCUCGUCUCGUCUCGUCUCG